AUGCAUCUGCUGAUUCAGAUGGCCUGCACGCUGACCAUGCCGGCCAAGGUCAGCCAGGAGACGCCCCUCUGGCUCCACGCCCAGGAGCUCAAGGCUGCUCGUGAGGCUGCCGAUGAGAAGACCCAGCUCGCUCUGGUGGCUCGCGAUCAAUACAAGACAAAGGCGCUGGCGCUGGCCAAGCAGAACAAGGCGUACAAGGCCGCCCUGACAAAGGCGCGGGCCGAGCUCGCUGCCCGCGGCCCGCAGGCCGAGGCCUCGACCCAGGCGGCCGCUCGCGCUGCAGAGUCAGAGGCCGCCCGCGCUGACGAGCACGUUGGUGCGCUGCAAGUCCACAUUAAGGCCAUCAAGCGCCAGCUCGGCGCCAAGCUCAAGGACGCGCUCGAGGCCAACGCCGCUCUUCAGGACGAGCUGGCAACCUCGCGCGUCGACGUCUCUGAGGCUCGCGCCCACGUCUCUGAGCUCGAGACCAAGCUCGAAGUUGUUGUCGAGCGCCAUGCCCGCGACCGCGAGCUGCUCAACGAGGCCAAGGCUGUCGACAUUGAGGCCGGCGAGAACGCCACCCUCGCAGCCGAAGCCUCGCUCUCGGCAGUCACCACCCGCCUCAAGGAGUACAUCGAGUGGGAGGAGAGCCAGAACUUUGGUCCGGGCGUCGACGCCCUACUUGCGCCCGAUGCCGCCCCUCCCUCGCCGCGCUCCAUCGACGCCGCCUACUCGCAGCUCAAGGACGCCUACGUCCGCCUCCAGUACCGCGCCGAGCUCCUCACCGACGAGAACGACAAGAUGUCUCACCUCGUCGAGCAGCUUCGUGGCUCCAAUCUUGUUCUCUACACCCACGCCAAGAUUCACGCCGCGAGCGCAUCUUCUGCUGCCGGCAACGACGCUAUGGACGGCUCGUCCGGGAACAACCCACUCGCCGGCUCGCCCGCCGACCACCUCGAGUGCCAGGCCACCAUCCGCAGCCUCAAGCAACAGCUCUACGAGCUCGGCGUAGAGGUUGCAGGCAUGGACAACGAGGAGAGCGUCGUUCAGCCAGUUGCCGAGGUCGCAGACCUCGAGCGCCGUGCAGAGCACUGGGAGACCGAAGCCCGCCUCGCCCGCACCCGCAUCAACGAGCUGGAGUCUCAGCUCGCGGCUGCCAACGACGCCCGCGCCGCGGAGGCUGCUGCUCGUGCAGACUCACUCCUGGCCUCCGACGCCAGCCUCAUCGAGCUCCAGGGCCAGCUCAUGUACCUGCAAGAGCUCGAGGCUUCCCUCCACCAGCCGCGCUGGGACGCGCUCCUCGCCCUCCCCUCGUCGGUUCUUGAUCUAGCCAUCGCAGACUUCCACACCUCGGGCCGCGAAGCCGAGUCGCUCGCUCUCCUCGAGUUCAAGCACGCCCACGAAGCCCGCGGCAAGCGCAUCGAGCUCCUCGAGGCGCAGGCCGACCAGCUCCGAAACCUUGCCGCCGUCUCGGCCCAGCUGUCGGGCGAGUCUGCGGCCGGUCGCUCGCCGGCCUCGACGACGCCCCCGCCGAGACCUGACGCCGCGCAAGACGUUGCUCACAAGCUCUUUGCCGAACAGGCAUCUGAGCGCGAGGCCCGCAAGACUGCGCUCCUCCGGUCACAACUCGCCAAGCAGACGGCCAUCAUCGCAGCCCUCGACGAUGCCUACCGAAAGACCCGCGAGAUUGCUGCCACCGAGGCUGGCCUUCCGCUCCCAUCGAUGCCGAUCGUCGAGGCCGAACGCGAUGCGCGCAAGGUCAUUGCCAAACUCGAGGCAGAGCUUCGUAGCCUCCGCAACGAGCUUGCCGAGGCCGAGGAUAGCGUCCGCGACCACGAAGAGGCCCACGCCCACCUUGUGCGCGAGCUCAUCUGGCUCCGCACUCGGACCGCCGACAGCCUCGCCCUCUACGACGAUGGGAUCCAGGAGCGCGAGGACGCAUUGGUCGCCAAACUCGCCCGCGCCUCGAACAAGGUCACCGAUGCCGACACCACUGGUGACAAUGCUUCUCUCGCCACAGCCCUCGCCAAGGCGUACAAGCGCGCCGACCAGCUCGCCGCCGUCCGGCUUGACCGCAUCCAUAUGCUACGCGCCAAGUUGGACGGCUGUGUGUGCGGCAAGCCCGGCGAGUCCGGUACCGAAGCUGCUCCUGUUGACUCUCACCCUGCCGGCGACGAGCUCGACUCGCAAACUGGCGCCGAGCCCCGCCGCGGCAUCACCUACGACACAUCGCUCGCCACCAAGUCACGCGCAAACCGUUCCAUCGCCUGGGGAGACGACGACAACGCCGAAGAGGUCGCGGCUGUCGACAGCCUCUUUGCUCCGUACAAGCCUAUCGGCCCCGCCGCUGCCCGCCACGGCGGCCGCCGGCGCAAGCUCAAGGACGCCUUCAAGCAACCAUCGCCGCUGCGCCUGCUUAUUCUCCCGUUCCUCGCCCAUGCUAUGCCCUCGCUUGCGCUUGGCCUCGACCCGGACGAGACCGAGCUGCAAGACGUUGCGUCGGGCGUGGCCUCGGACGAGCCGGUCGACCUCCCGCCACUCGGCUUCUUUUCGUUCUCCGGCGACGCCCAGUCUGGUCGCAACCCGGACGAUAUCAAGGCCACCGACUGGCGCUCUGCCGCGCGCAAGCUUCGCCACGAGCGCGAGCUCGCCGCCGCAGGCGUCGGUGGCCCGCCGACGUCGUCUGACGCUGCUGCUGGCGAUGCCGCAAGCUCCUCGGCCGCCCCGCAAGACACUGUGUGGCUGUGA